AAAACCGCUUGCAAGCGCCUUUAUGACGUUCUGCAUAAUUAACCGGCUAUCGCUGUGAACAAAACAAAGUUGGCUUGUUUAGGAAUACGUGCCAGUUGUCGCUAUCAGUACUAUGGUUGUAGGACAAAACGUGUAAUGUUUAUAUUUAUGAAUUAAGAUAAAAUUAAACUAUGAAUAAUUUUUAAAGGAAAAUCAAUUCUUGAUAUUGUUUCCCACAGUUCUUCACGAUUUUGCCGCCAUCUUGUUUAUUUUCCUUCAUUGCUGCCAGCUUAGUCUUGGAUUUUUCUCGUUCUGAAAUACCCCUGACAAGGGGUUAAGCCUGCAGACAUUGGGCGAAUUGCUAGUAAGCACGUGAAAGUGACCGUCACCGAAAAGGGUCAAGCCACGCCAGAGCGGGAUCGCCAGCGCACGGUCACAGUAAAAAGUGUUCAAAACAGCAUGAAUCAUGUAAAUGGCAAGGAAGAAGAGGCUAUGGAAAUAUCUAGUACUGAUGCACUAGAUAAAAGCAAUAACACAAUGGCAAAUGCAGUAAAUGGGGAAGUUGAAGAGGAAGAGGAGAGAAAACCACAAGAGGAGGAGAUGGAAGAAGAUGACAGUAAGGCAGAAGCAACAUUCAGUUUCACAGUUGAGAAUAUCAGUAAGCUGAAGGAUUCUGUGCUCAGUCCAAAAUGUAUGGUGCGAAAUCUGCCAUGGAAAAUUAUGGCAAUGCAGCGUGUCAGUCACAAUGCUGACAAGUACAACCAGAAAAGUUUAGGGUUCUUUCUACAGUGCAAUGCAGAAUCUGAUUCUACGUCAUGGUCGUGUAAUGCUGCAGCAGAACUUAGGAUUAUCAAUCAGAAAAAGGAAGGAGAGGAUUUUGUCAGAAAAAUUCAGCAUCUAUUCUACAGUAAAGAAAAUGAUUGGGGAUACAGCAAUUUCCUUCCAUGGAAUGAGUUGUUAGAUCCUGACAAAGGCUUUUUUAAGGAUGACAAAGUUAUACUACAGGUUCAUGUUAUAGCUGAUGCUCCACAUGGUGUAAGUUGGGACUCAAAAAAACACACAGGAUUUGUUGGUUUAAAAAAUCAGGGUGCAACAUGUUAUAUGAACUCACUGUUACAGACGCUCUUCUUUACCAAUAAAUUACGAAAGGCAGUUUAUCUAAUGCCUACAGAAAGUGAUGAUCCUACAAAAAGUGUACCUCUUGCUCUACAGAGAGUAUUUUAUGAACUUCAGUUCUCAGAUACAGCAGUUGGAACAAAGAAACUCACUAAAUCCUUUGGAUGGGAAACUCUAGAUACAUUUAUGCAGCAUGAUGUUCAAGAGUUGUGUCGAGUUUUACUGGAAAAUAUGGAGAGUAAAAUGAAAAAUACUUGUGUGGAUAGCACCAUUCCUAAACAGUUUGAAGGCAAAAUGCUGUCAUAUAUCAGGUGUAAACAUGUAGAGUACUGCUCUCAGAAAGAAGAAGCCUUCUACGAUAUACAGUUAAAUGUAAAAGGAAAGAAAACUGUGAUGGAGUCAUUUAAAGAGUAUGUGACAGUGGAAUCUCUAGAUGGGGACAAUAAAUACGAUGCUGGAGAGCAUGGUCUUCAGGAAGCAGAGAAAGGUGUUAUAUUUAAACAUUUACCACCAGUGUUACAUCUGCAUCUGUUACGGUUCAUGUAUGAUCCAGCAUCAGAUGCUAAUGUUAAAAUCAACGACAGAUACGAGUUUCCUGAGAGAUUAAACCUCGAGUCUUUCCUUGAAAAGAAGGAGAAAACUCCAGCUAUAUAUAUAUUACAUGCAAUACUAGUCCAUAGUGGGGAUAAUCAUGGGGGACAUUAUGUUGUAUAUAUCUCUCCUAAAGGAGAUGGCAAGUACUGUAAAUUUGAUGACGAUGUUGUUUCAAAAUGUACACGACAAGAGGCAUUAGAUCGUAACUUUGGUGGACAUGACGACGACAUUUCAGUCAAACACUGUACUAAUGCAUACAUGUUGGUCUAUAUCAGGGAAAGUUAUAAAGAUGAUAUUUUAUGUCCUGUGACAGAAGAUGAUAUCCCUACUUCAUUAAAAGACAGAUUAGCAGAAGAAAGACGUCUAGAGGCUCAGAAGCGGCAGGAGCGUAAAGAAGCUCAUUUGUACAUGAAUGUUCAGGUUGUGACAGAGGAUUACUUCUAUGGCCAUCAGGGAACAGAUCUCUUUGAUCUAGAGAAAGCCAAUUUCAGAAAUUUUAGAGUUAAAAAGUCAGCAACUCUUAAAGAUUUCUUAGAAAUAUUAGCAGAAAACCUGAAAUAUCCAAUCCAACAGAUCCGACCGUGGCCUUUCCAGGCUCGACAAAAUCAAACUUACAGACCUACACUGCUUGAUUUAGAAGCAGACCUUAAUAAAACUGUACAAGAUCUAGCAGAGGAGGGUACAUGGACUGUGUUUGUAGAGACAGCAAGUCCAGAGAGUAACGACAGAAGAUUACCUCACUUUGACAAAGACAGUGAUGUGCUGUUGUUUCUGAAAAUGUAUGAUCCACGAACAAAGUCAAUAAAUUACUGCGGACAUGCAUAUGUUCCCAUAGCAGCAAAGGGAUCCGAGUUAAUGCCAGAACUGAACAAGAGAGCUGGAUUCCAUCCAUCUACUCCCCUUAUUCUAUUUGAGGAAGUAAAGCCAAACAUGUUAGAGAUGUUACCAAGUACAGAUUUACCUAUGGAAAAGAUGUUGGAAGAACUGAUGGACGGUGACAUCAUCGUGUUUCAGAAAGAUGAAACCGACAUUGACCAGUACGAACUUCCAACUGCAAAGGAAUAUUUCAGAGACCUUUAUUACCGUGUUGAAAUUACUUUCUGUGAUAAAAAUGUGAUAAGUGAUCCUGGUUUCACGCUGGAGUUAUCUCAGCGUAUGAACUAUGACCAGAUGGCCAACUCUGUAGCCAGAUAUCUCAACACAGAUCCUUACCUAUUGCAAUUCUUCAAACCACAAGGGUACAGAGAGGGUCCAGGCAAUGCUAUUCGUUGUACAUAUGAAGGAACUCUUAAGGAGCUUCUAUUAUAUACCAAACCUAGGCAACCGAAAAAAUUAUAUUAUCAACAGUUGAACAUUAGGAUAAAUGAAUUAGAGAACAAACGACAGUUCAAGUGUAUAUAUGUAAAUAGCCGCUUAAAGGAAGAGAAGGAGCUAGUGUUGUAUCCCGACAAAACUGGAAAAGUUUGUGAUUUACUGGAAGAAGCUAAGAAACAAAUAGAACUUUCAGAGAGUGGAAAAUUGAGAUUACUGGAAGUAAUAGGCUGUAAGAUUUACUCGUUACAACUGGAGGACAUGUCGCUGGAGAUGUUGAACUCCACUGGCACAACUAGAAGUCUGCGGAUAGAAGAAAUUCCCAAAGAAGAAUUCAGUCUCGCACCUGAUGAAACUCUCAUUCCUGUUGCUCAUUUUCACAAAGAAGUGUUUUCAACUUUUGGUGUUCCGUUUUUACUGGUCAUAAAAAACAAUGAAAAGUUUUCAUCAGUAAAAGACAGGAUACAGAAGAGAUUGGAUGUUCCAGACAAAGAAUUUGAGAAGUACAAGUUUGCAGUGAUUGUGAUGGGUAAAGUAGAGUACAUAUCAGAUGAAGAGCAUGAUCAGAAUGUAAACAUCAGUCAGUUCAUACCUCACACAGUGUCAGGCACAGGUGGCAAUAUGCAAGCUAGGCCAUGGUUAGGACUUGACCAUGUCAAUAAGACUCCAAAACGAUCUCGUGUAGGAAAUUAUCUGGAAAAAUCCAUAAAGAUACACAACUGACAUAAUAUAUAAGUUCUAUGUACAUGGCGUGAUAAUAUCUCACUACAAGGCAAUGUGACAUUCUCUUACUUGUUUCCAUACAGUGAAACAUUGUGGUUACCCUUGUGGGUAUACCAGUUCACAGUGGCCAAACAGAGGAGGUCUUCAGUUAGUAGAACUUUAAUCCAGUAAAUCAGUUACGAGAUUUUGUCUCAUAGUUGUGAACUGUUCUAGCACAGCUCGGUGUUACAGAACUUUUUGCAGUCUUUCUUAAGUUACAUAGCCAAAGACAAGUGUUUACAAAGGAGGAGGAAGCUGAAGCUGUUACAAGGUUUUUUAGUCCUUGUGCUUUGUUUGUUCUUUGAAAGACAGUGUUAGAAGUUUACAUUUCUGACAAACAUUUUGUUCUGCCAGUCAGCUUAGUGAAACAAACUUUACCUUUAUCAAGAAGAGACUUGUGUUUAUUCUAGUUCAUAGGAACAUAAACAUUCCUGGAGUCUUAGAAAAUGUGUAAAAAGUUUUUCUUGAUAUGACUCUUGUUGAAAGGACUGAAGCCUGUUGAUAAAUAAAUCUUUAUAGUAAAGUGGGAUGCCUCUGUCCACAUUGGAGACAUGACUGUGCUUUUAUCUUUAACAUGCAUUUGUUGACUGUGUACAGUUUUAAUGGUCUAAGGCAGAUUUUCACCCUUGUUUUAAACUCACAUUCUUAUAGCAAAGAAGAAAACAUUUAAGCUGUAUAUGUAAACAACAGUAUAAGGUACAACACUUGAGGGUAGGUCAUGACUGGAACCUUUUUUUUCUUUUUUCAAGAAAGCUACAUCUGGGUAAGCUUUGUCAUUUUUCAGCCAGAUAUUUUUCUUUUACUCUGAAGAAAUAUGCACCUACAUACUAUAUUGAAGUACAUUGCACCUGCUGUUGUAAAUUACUUAAAUAUUACAGGCAGUUAUCAGUCAUUGAUAUUGGCAUGUCAGUGUCCAGCAUGUAGUGACAGGUGUGAAAAUCGCAUCAGUUUAACUGUAGCAACAACAACAUCUGAUUGGAAACAUAAGAAAUAUAUAUAAAAUAUGUAGAAAGUGACAGCAAGAAACAAAGAGUUGAACAUAUAUGCUUGAGUUACUUGCAUAGAACUUACUUUGCAGCACAUGUAAAAAGCCUUUAAACAGACAACUUCAUAAACUAGUGACUGCUGACAUUUCAUCUGUACCGGACUGUUUACAGCAAAUGUAGAAAAAUCUUGGAUUUCACUUUCAACAACACAGUAUGAUCAAUAUGAUUGUAAUUAAUCAAACAAACAGACUCAAUGUGCAAUUAAUUAGUUUUUCUUCACAUUUCUGUUUGCUCAUAUUCUUUUUAACUAACUGUUGAGAUAUUUUUCCAGAGUUUUUUUUUAUUAUAAUUUUUUGUAAAGCUGUUGUUCCAAUGUAUUUUUGGUAUUAUCAAAACUUACGUAUUAACUAGUUAGUAUUCAACUGGGGAUUACAUUGAUUGCCGUUGAAAUUCAGUCUCUUAGGUCAUCUGAGUAUUUGUAGCUUCUUAUAUCUGUUUUAAAAGUUUCACACUUGUUUUUAUUUGAAUGUUGUUGGUAGCAUAUAGAAAGUUCUAUAGUACUUGAUGGAACCUAAGAACAUAUAAUCCACAUUGCACAUUUCCAGAAGUCAAAGUUACAACAGACAUAUUUUGAAGACGGUCAUUGCACCAAUUAUGGUAAUAAAUAAUAUAGCGAAGUAUUCACAAAAAAAGAGUUCCUGUAUUAAUUGUUGAAUUUUUAGCAAUUUUCUUGAAGAUUAGUAAAUGGUUGUAUUUUCUGUUUCUGAAACUGUAGCUCUUUUAUCUGGGGUUAAUCUUCAUAUAAAAUAUUUUUUUAAAGAUAUAACUCAAAAAUGCCUGAAAAAAUAUAUUAAUUUAAUAAAUUAAAAUGCUACCUGUUGAUAAUUGUGCUUUCUGAUGUUAUAUAGUGACACAAGAAUUAAUUAAGUUGAAGCAUUUACAGCAAGUAUUUGAAUUUUAUGUAAAUGGCAGCUUCUUUCAGACUUAGAUUUUAAAAGUUGCUCUAUCUUCUCUUUCUUUUGCAAAACAAACCUAAGGGCAGUUCUGAAGAAGCGAAUCUGAUUCUAUUUAUAUGCAAUACAAUGCCCUUACUUUGUUAAUUACAUGUUAAAUGUCCGUGUUUAUGUUCUGAAAUGCCUUGUAAUUAUACUAAAAUGUGUUUAUUAGUCCCCUACUGGUUGAAAACCAGUUUUGGGGACUAUAGGAAUACACUUUUUCGGUCAUUCCGUCCGUCCGUCCGUCCGUCCGCAAUUUCGUGUCCGGUCCAUAACUCUGUCAUCCAUGAAGGGAUUUUAAUAUUACUUGGCACAAAUGUUCCCCAUGAUGAGACGACGUGUCAUGCACAAAACCCGGACCCCUAGCUCAAAGGUCAAGGUCACAAUUGGAGGUCAAAGGUCAACAGGGCUUUUUUCCUGUCCGGUCCACAACUCUCCCAUCCUUGAAGGGAUUUUAGUAUUACUUGGCACAAAUGUUCCCCAUGAUGAGAUGAUGUGUCAUGCGCAAAUCCCGGACCCCUAGCUCAAAGGUCAAGGUCACAAUUGGAGGUCAAAGGUCAACAGGGCUUUUUUCCUGUCCGGUCCAUAACUCUCCCAUCCAUGAAGAGAUUUCAAUAUUACUUGGCACAAAUGUUCCCCAUGAGGAGGCGACGUGUCAUGCGCAAAACCUGGACCCCUAGUUUAAAGGUCAAGGUCACAAUUAGAGGUCAAAGGUCAACAAGGCUUUUUUCCUGUCCGGCCCAUAACUCUCCCAUCUAUGAAGGGAUUUUAAUAUUACUUGGCACAAAUGUACCUCAUAAUAAGACGAUGUGUCAUGCACAACUUUCAGACCCCUAGCUCAAAGGUCAAGGUCACACUUAGCAGUCAAAUGUUAUCAUAGCAUGAACAGGGUCUGUUUCGUGUCCGGUCCAUAACUCUGACAUUCAUUAAGGGAUUUUAAUAUCACUUAGCACAAGUGUUCCCCAUGAUGAGACGACGUGUCAUGCGCAAAUCCCAGACCCCUAGCUCAAAGGUCAAGGUCACAAUUGGGGGUCAAAGGUCAACAGAGUUUUUUUCCUGUCCCGUCCAUAACUCUGCCAUCCAUGAAGGGAUUUUAAUAUUACUUGACACAAAUGUUCCCCAUGAUGAGACAACAUGUCCUGCGCAAAGCCCAGACCCUUAGCUCAAAGGUCAAGGUCACAAUUGGAGGUCAAAGGUCAAUAAGGUUUUUUCCCUGUCCGAUCAAGUACUCUGUCAUCCAUCAAGGGAUUACAAUAUUACUUGGCAUAAAUGUUUCCCAUGAUGAGACGACGUGUCAUGCGCAACACCCAAUACCCUAGCUUAAAGGUCAAGGUCACACUUUGAGAUCAAAGGUCAAGAGGAUUUUUUUCCUGUCCGGUCUAUAACUUUGUCAUGCAAAGCAGGAUUUAGAUAUCAGUUAGCACAAAUAUUCCCCUGGAUGAGACAACAUGUCAUGCGCAAGAACCAGGUCCCUAGGUCUAAGGUCAAGGUCAUAUUUAGAGGUCAAAGGUCAAAUUCAAGAAUGACUUUGUACGGAACAUUUCUUCUUCAUGCAUGGAGGGAUUUUGAUGUUACUUGGACCAAAUGUUCACCACCAUGAGGCACCCUUGUUUUUAGAAUUACGUCCCUUUGUUGUUACUAUAAAUAGAUUUUAUUGUAACUUUUUUAUUACUGGCGGUAGAGAAAAAUCGAGACCACUUUUCUGUGGUACAGCAUGCAUGUUACAUCCAAUUUUUAGGUGUAUUUUGACCUAUCUCUACCUGGUAAAGAGUUUCUUGUGGACUAAUAUUAUAUAGAUUUUUUUUUUUUUUUUUUUUUUUUUUUUUUGAAAGAUUAAUGUCCCUUUGUUGUUACUAUAAAUAACUUACAUGAUAACAUUUUUAUAAUCAGCCAAAAAAAAAUUCAAUAUGAAAACAACUGUGGGUUUUUAUAUAUGCACAUUUUAAUCCAAGUGUGUUGUUAUAACAUAUUGUAUAUGUUUAUUGUAUAAACAAUAUUGUUUAUACAUCAUUGACAGAUAUCAGUUCAUUAUGUUAUACUGCAGUAGAGAAAAUUAGGUGCCUUCCAGUAGGGGACUUUGUAUUGCAUGGCAAUACUUCAUUCACUUGUUCUAAAUGGAUUUUUUAUUUUUAAUUGUCUUGUUAUUGCAUGAAUGAUAUUAGAGUGUGUAUAUAUUAGGUGUACUUGUAUUUUUGUUGGAAUUUGUAUGAUAAAUAUUGUAUGAUGGUGUUGUAAGUAUUCCUGCGAGUUUAAAGUGGUUUUACAAGGUCACAACAGUUACUAGGUAAUUGAUUUUAAAAGACUAUUUUUUGAUGUAAAAGUUUCAUGUAUUUAUGAAUCUACAAUAAAAGAAAUUUGUUCAUUGAUAAGGGAAAUACAUAUAAAACUGUACAUCUUCAAUGUAGAAAUAAUACUGCAAGUGGAAUCUAGUAUAAGAUAUAGAACUAUUCACCCAGAGAAUUGAAAUAUCCAUCUUGAAAGUGUGAGCCUUUCAUAACAUUCAUUUAAGCCAAACUGGAAUGAUUUGGGGGUGGGGAAUUUUGUCAGUGGAUAUUUUCCAAAGCCUAAAGGUGCUCUAGCAAUAUACAGUGUUAAAAUGCUUUGAGAUUUAUGUAAUUUUUACCUAAAACUUAUGACAGUUGCUUUAAUAGAUUUAUGGAUACAGGUAUAGCUAGAAAUCUGUUAUUUUUAACAUUUUCAAUCAGUUUUACUGCACUCUUGGUUUUGUUUUUACGACUUCUUUGAUUGUUUGCCUAAUAUUGACUUCUUUGAUUGUUUGCCUAAUAUUCCUUACUGUCACGAAAAAUGUUACUUUCAAAUUGGCUGAUUUCUCCUAUAAUUUUGUGCAGUUCUGUCAGAGCCAUAAUUACUAAUACAAUGAAACACUGCACUCGUUCCUCAUGUAUUACACGGGAUAGCUGGAGAAUUUUUCUUAUCUCCUUGCAACCUUGAGAGAUCAGUGUUUAAUAUAUAAAAGAAAUGGCUCAAUAUUCUAUCACUUGCAUAGCUGAUGAAAGGUUUCCGUGAAACAAGUUUUAAUGCUACACACUUGUUUUAUGUCAGUUAGCAUACAGUCAGAAUUUCUCGGCACUGUUACAGCCUCUAGAAUAUAUGCCAAGAUUUUAGUGAUUUUCAGCAAUAAAUUUUAUUUGAGACGUGUAGUGUUUGAAGAUUUCUCCACAAACCAAUUGGCUGCCAGCAGUUCGACUCUAUUAUCCCACCUGUAGCCCUAGGCUUGUGAUCUCUUUGUCACUGUGUGUCUGUCAAAGACAUUUCAGUGACUUAGCUACUAAAAGUUUUUUCCACUUUGUCACCUUAUGAGCAAAUUAUUCAAUGAUAAUAUAUAAUGUCACUUUUGCUUCUAAUCUAGCUUUAUGCAGACAAAGAAAUUUCAUUUCAGAUAAAUCUGCAUAUUGUUGAAAUAUUUUCCUCUGAUCAACAUUCCAUGUUUUAUAGUUACUGGGGCCAGAGUUAUCAACAUUCUAGUCUGAAAUUUAGAUUUGGACUCAAAAAUUUUAAGUUGCUAUAACUUCGCUGAAAGGGCAUAUCAGUAUUACAGCUGCCUAAAUUUUGUAGACCUAGUGAUUAUAGGAAAUACUUAUUUUUAGCCAAGUAUUAUUACAACUACAUUUAAUGGAAGCAACGCAAAUUAAAAUUUAAGGGGCCUCCACGGCCGAGUGGCUAAGGUUGCCGACUUUGAAUCACAUGCCCUGCAACGCUGUGGGUUUGAAACCUGGCUUUGGAUGAAGAAUUCUUCAUGUGAGGAAGCCAUCCAGAUGACUUAUUGAAGAUUGAUGGUUCUACUCUGGAUAAAAUAAAAUUUAGUAUUUUAUGUCCAAGUUUUUAAUUUCAGAUCUAAAUUGUUGAUGAAUAGGCUCUGAGGCAUGUUGAUAAUAUAUUAUUUGACAGAUAUUUAAAUUUAUUGAAGGCAUUUUGCAGUACAUUUUGCUACAAGCCAAUAUUUUAAAUCAAACAAGAUAAACUUUUGUAUGAAUGAAUUGUCAGAUAGUGCUCUUGUUCAAAUUUAUUGUAUUAUGUCAGAAAUGGCAUAAAUUUUAUAAAAAUAAAUUAUGACUAAUCAAUGA